AUGUCAGAUGCAUGGAAGUCAAUCUUUAGAACCGAUUUAGUAGCAGCCGAGGUCAUGCUGACACCAGAUUAUGUGGCAUGGAGAGCGGCAAGAAAGAAUGAUGUCAUUCCCUUGGCGGAUCGUGAUCAAGUAAUUCCUUUGGAAACACAAUUCAGACACGUACCAUCUAAGUUGGAGAUACUUAAGAGUGAAUUCGAAGCAGAGAUCGCCAGAAAGGAGGCAGAGUGUGAGGCUCUUAGACAAAAGAAUUUUGUGUUGGACAUUGAUAAGGGGUUUUAUAAUAAACAAUUUGAGUUGAUGCGCGAGAGAAAAGAGAAGGUUGAGGCUAAUUUUGCUAACUUACAAAAUGAUUACCGAAGAAUUGUUGGGCUCGAAAAAACUUCAAAACAGUGGAGGUUGGAGCUCAAGGCUGAAAGGGAUCGUCGAGUUAGGGAUGUCAGAGCCGAAAGAGAGCGCCGAGUCAGAGAACUAGAGGCGGAGAAGAAGAGAAAAGAUCAUGAACUCGAGUCAGAGAAGAAAUCCUGGGCUAGUGCACUGAAUAACGAAAGGAAAGAAGCUAAAGAGUUAAGACAAAGGCAUACUUUGAGCAAGAAACGAGAAGAGGAGCUCACUUUUGAAGUACGAAGGUUGCAAGUUAAUAUUGAGGAGCUCAAAGUUGAAGAGCAUAGUAGAUUAAGCGAGAUUAAGGAAGGAAAACGAAGGAUAGAACAGUUAGAAAUUGAGAAAAAUAAUAUGUUUCAAGGGUUCGAAAUGGAGGUGAACAGCAUGCAAAAUGAACUUGAGAUUAGAGGACAAAGAAUAGGUGAACUCGAAGCUGAAAAGAGACGAACCAAUAAAGAAUUGAAAUUAGAAAGACAACAUAAAGAUCAUGUGCUUAAAAGCAAACAGGAUGAAGUGUUCAUUUGGAUGCAAAGAUGUGUAACAAAGAACGAACGAAUAGAGGUCCUUAAUCAAGAGAUGCAAGAGAUAGAAGCAAGGCAUGAGGAAAAGUUAACUCAGGCUCAAGCAAAGAAUGAAGAGUAUGGUGUUUACAUUCGGCAGCUUGAAAAUUCCUUGUUCACAGAGAAUAGUCAGCGCUGGCCAUCAGAUUUAAGGGUUAGUCUCGAAGAGAAUGAUGCUUUGCGAAGAAAGGUUAAUGAUUUAGAGAAUGCCUUGCGAAGCUGUCAAAUACAGAUCUCUAGUCUUGAGCGUACUGUUGAAAGUACCCGACAGCAGUGGCAGAACUCGAGUGAUCGUUUUGAAGACUGGAAAACGAAUGUGAAUAGCAUAAUCCUUGAAACCAUGAAUCAAUUAAGCGGUGUUGCAAGACAAUUGGGAGAGAUGGACAUUCAAGCAAGAGUUAUCCAGAGUUAUACAAGUCCCGCAUCAGAUGUAGGAAAAAGGGUCAAUUGGCUUGUCAAUGAGAUAAUGGAAUUGAGCACUAGAGCUAGGCCUUUUCUGUAA